AUGCAGCCGUGCCCUCUUCCAUCUCAGGAAGCCAUGCAGCUGCGCCCGCAUCUGGAAGAGAGGGAGGGAAGAGACAGAGAGAGGGGCAGAGGCCGGAGGCGGAAGUCAGAAGUCAGGAGAGUUGCGGCGGCGCUGGAGUCUAGAGAGGAUUGGGGAUUUGGGAGCAGAGAGAUGAAGACAUGCUUGGUGGGAGUUUUUGUUGAGGAGAAAUCAUUCACAUAUCUGUAUCAGGAAGGAGAUACUGUGACGCUUAUGGAGCCUGAAACAUUUGAGCAACUUGAAGUUUCAAAGGAACUGUUUGGCAAAGCUGCUGCAUACCUGAAAGAUGAAAUGAAGGUGAAUCUACAAUACUUUGAUGGCCGGCCAAUGUCUGCUACAGUUCCUCAGCGAGUGACUUGCACUGUUGUUGAAGCACAGCCAAAUACAAAAGGGCUAACUGCUCAACCUCAGUAUAAAAGGGUCGUGCUGGAUAAUGGUCUUACCGUUCUUGCACCACCUUUUAUUGAAGCGGGUGAGAAGAUUGUAAUCAGUACCGCCGAUGAUUCUUAUAUGACGAGGGCAAUUUAG